AAUCAGAUCAAUGUGAUAGUAGUAAAAUAUACUUAGAUAAGUAAUAUAUUUUACUUGAUUAUAAAGUUGUUACCUACAAUAGUUUGAUAUGCUUAUUGACGCGUUCUACAUUCAAGUAAUUUAGUAAUUACCGAACAAAAUGGUGAAGGAAUAUAAUUUAAACUUGAUAUCAUUGAUGAUUUUUAUUUUUGCUAAAAACUCAAUAAACCAGAACUAUGCAUUACAGUUGAACAAAUCCCCAGUCUUCAAGAUGUCCAAAGUCCUACAAAGUUGCGAAUUGGUCGCCAAAGAGGCAGAUAUAAAAAUAGAUCUUGCCUGCGCUAAAGAACUAGCCAACAAAGUUUACCAGGAAGUCAUCGAUAGAAAACUAACCAAUCAAAUUUUCCAUUCUGCUGCCGUCCAUCCUAAAGAGAAAAACGAAAAAUCCAUCAACUGGAUUUUCCUCAUCGAUACAUUGAAUUUUUGUUUCUGGUCAACGAAUAAAAGCCAAUGGCGAGUUACUUGGAAUGGAGAAACGUACUCUGGAUAUUUUGCUUUGUGUGCUGCUGUUAAUCGAGCCAUGGAUGAGGGUAUCGAUAUGACCAAUCCUGAAGUCUACGGUAACCUUAGUUUUGAAAAAUUCUCCCAUAUUCUCAAAGGAGAUAAUGAUGUCGAGUUAUCACUAAUGAGCGAAAGGUACGAUUGCCUUCGUGAAUCCUCCAGCGUUCUAUUAGAAAAAUUUUCUGGUUCCUUUGCUAAUUGUAUUCGAGAUUGUGAUCAAUCGGCUCAAAAGCUGUUAGAUAUCAUCGUUUCUAAUUUUCCUCAUUAUAGAGACGAAGCUACCUAUAAUAAUUUUACCGUUUAUAUUUAUAAAAGGGCUCAAAUACUGGUAGCUGACAUUUGGUCUUGUUUCGAAGGCAAAGACUUGGGAACGUUCACAGAUAUUGAUACGAUAACUAUGUUCGCCGAUUAUAGAGUUCCUCAAGUUCUAUGUUAUUUCGGAGUACUUCAAUAUCCCGAUGAACUUUUAGUCAAACUAAUCGACGGCACCUUAUUAGAGAACGGUUCAAAAGACGAAGUAGAAAUCAGAGCCACUUCGGUCGUAGCAGUAGCUCGAAUAAACGAUUUCGUUCAACAAAAGCUAAAAGAAAGUAACAAAACAUUCAAAUGUAAUUCUAUCCUAGUGGAUCAAUAUUUAUGGACUUAUCGACGAAACCGAGCGAAAUAUCUCGAUUGUAUACCUUUCCAUAAAACGUUAACUAUUUAUUAUUGAAUUAAAUCGUCUCGUCGCUUCGAACAAACGUAGCGCUUGUAUUUAGAUCCCAUCAACUGUAAAUCAAACUAUCGGUUUGGAAUAUUACGUAGGUAGUUUAUUGUAAGAAUGUGCCCUAUUUUUGUAUGUACGAUGAAACGAAAAAGUAUAUUUUUCAAAAAUU